AACAGGAAACACAUGGACACAAAUGGCUGAAAGUUACGGAAGAAGAAGAAGUGCAAGUGAGGGAGAAGAGUGCUGAGACUGUGUAGGAAUAUAAACGACUUUAGAGGAGAGCGAAGGAAAAACGAGAGUUUGGCAAUAGAAAGAGUAGAUAAGAAGUAUCCGCAUAUAUGUAUGUUUAUGUUAUGCAGUGGAGAUAAAUAUAAAGUAUAAAUCAAAGUUAUCUGUAAAUAAAUAAGGUGUAUAAAGUAAGUGUGUGCUUAUCUUUGAACAUACCUGUAAGUGAGAAGAGCAAUUUAUUAGAAGGAUAAACAUACUAAUAAACUAAGAUACUCUUACAAGGGGCAGUGACAAAUAUUUUUAUACGGAUAAGUUUUGCAAAAUUUGCUUAAUAGAGACAAGGAAAUACACCUGGGGAACUGUAGCUAAACAGAUCUUUUUGUAUUGUAAAAUACAGAUGAUCUAGAAUUAUGGAGAGAUAUUGUAAGUGUUUAUAGAUCGUACACAUCUACAAAGAGUGGAUACACCUGAGGUUAGGGGAAAGUAGAAAGAAAAGGGACAUCUACACGAACGAAAAUUAUUUAGAAUGUCACUGGAAGACCCAUUCUCCGUAGUCAGGGGGGAGGUACAAAAAUCACUGAACACCAGUCGAGGGCUGUACCAGCGCUGGUGUGAGCUCCUACAGGAGAGUCAUGUUACUAGUGCUGAGGAAUUUGAUUGGACAACCAAUGAAUUGCGGAAUUCCCUUCGGAGCAUUGAAUGGGAUCUUGAGGACCUAGAAGAAACCAUCAGCAUUGUUGAGUCAAACCCACGAAAAUUUAAAAUCUCUGGUGUGGAGCUGAGUGAGAGGCGUAACUUUGUGGAGCAGACACGGAAUUCUGUUAAGGAAAUGAGGGAUCACAUCUCCAGCCCCAGAGCUGUAGCAUUUACGGAACGGAAGAACAGAGAGGGCUUAUUAGGGGUUUCAUCCCAGACUCCUACGGAUCGUUUCACCCGUCUUGAUGAAGAGAUUAUGUCUGGAAACUCUCGCUAUUUGGAGGACCAGCAAGCACAGCAACAGCUUAUUAUAGAUGAACAGGAUGCAGAAUUGGAACUAGUGUCUGGCAGUAUACGUGUCCUGAAAGACGUGUCUGGUCGAAUUGGAGAUGAAUUGGAUGAGCAAGCUGUGAUGCUGGACGAUUUCUCCCAUGAAAUGGACAAUACUCAAACCCGCAUGGAUUCUGUACUCAAGCGAAUGGCUAAAGUGUCUCACAUGACUAGUGACCGCCGGCAAUGGUGUGUGAUUAUAGCCCUGCUGGUUUCUCUCUUCAUUGUUCUGAUCCUUCUAUUCACGUUGUGAGUGGGAUUGUUGCACCCAAGAAAAUUCUGAUGUAGAAAUACUAAGAAAAAGCUUGUGCAGUGGAGCCACCUGUGCACAAGGGACACUUUACGGGUCGUGUCAUACAGUUGUAUUAUCUGUCAUGGUGAAAAUUUUCAGCAAAUUGUAUGUACUUCUAUACAAAUUAUGUUCUUCAGUGAAAUCAUUCUUCCCUAUUUGAUCAUAUUUGUACCCACUCCAAAAUGCUUUGUGCCUCUAUUUGUAGAUAAUGUGAAAUGCUCUUUGUAUCAGGCGGUUUAAGUCCCUCAUUAAACGUGCAACAUACUUUCUGCACAAAACACAUCAAAAUUCUAGAAUGAGGUGUUAUACUAAAUGGUCAAGACAGAAGAUUCAACUUUUUGGAGAGCAUGAUAAACUAUCAUUAUAAAGGUCAUUUUAUAUAUAUAUAUAUCUUACUACUGUGGAAUAUGGAAGGGAUUUUAGAUAUGAAACAUUGCAAGUCUAUUCUCUAUUGCAAGAGAAGGUUGUGAAGUAAUACAUCUUUACAGGGCUGUAAAACACAGCUGCCUUUUAUCUGUAGUGUGUACUGCAGAAUAAACUAUUUUUGUAUUUGUCUGUAAAA